AUGUCGCAGACGAUCCCAACGACUCAGAAGGCAAUCAUUGUGGACGACAGCGGCAAUUUUGUCGAGUCCAGCAAUGUGCCCGUCAUGCAGCUCGAGCCAGACGCCGUCAUUAUCAAGGUGGCGGCCGUGGCCCUGAACCCCGUCGACACGAAGAUGCUCGGCGAUUUCGCCACGCCCGGUGCGAUUCUCGGCUUCGACUGCGCCGGCACCGUCGUUGCCGUCGGGCGCGACGUCGGAGCAAGGCUGAAGCCGGGCGAUCGUGUCUGCGGCAGCGCCGACGGCAUGAACCGCUUCAGGCCCUUGAGCGGCGGGUUUGCCGAGUACGUGUCGCUGCCGGGCGAUUUGGCGCUCAAGAUCCCAGAGGGCAUGUCGUUCGAAGCGGCGGCGCCCUUGGGAACGGCGCUGGCGUCGGCGGGCAUGGCGCUGUUCGCGUCGCUGAAGCUGCCCGCCACGCUGACGGAGCCCGCCAGCGCACCGUUCUGGGUGCUCGUCAACGGCGGCAGCACAUCGACCGGAACGAUGAUGAUCCAGCUGCUGAAGCUGUGCAACCUUCGUGUGGUCACGACGUGCUCGCCUCGGAACUUCGCCUUGGUCAAGUCUUACGGGGCGGACGCCGUGUUCGACUACAACUCGCCAACCUGCGCCCAGGACAUCCGGAAAUUCACCGAGGACGCGCUUGAGUACGCGGUCGACUGCGUGACGCUGGAAUCAUCCAUGAAGCUCUGCUACGCCGCCAUUGGGCGUGCGGGCGGCAGCUAUACGGCGCUGGACCCCUUCCCCGAGACGCAGCGCACCCGCAAGGCCAUCACUCCAGACUGGAUUCUGGCAACCCAGGUGACGGGCAACGCCUGCUCCUGGCCAGCGCCGUACGGCAGAGACGGGUCGCCCGAGCUGAGAGCGUGGGCAAAUACCUUCUUCGAACAGGUGCAGAAAGCCCUCAACGAGCGUAGAAUCCGCGGUCACCCCGCCAAGGUUUCGCCCGACGGCUUCGCCGGGGUGCUCGAGGGCGUGGGGAUCAUCAGACGCGGCGAGGUCAGCGGCCAGAAGCUUGUCUACAGCGUGGCUUGA